GGCCGUUGAUGCGAAUCUCUCGGCCGCCUUUCACAGAGGAGGGAAAUUCCCAAAAGGAAGCGGGAAGAAGCCCUCGGUUUAGAACAAACACUCUCCCCAAAGGAAGGACAUUCAGAGCCCCAGUGACCUUCUCCCACCCACCUUUUACCUUUUCAUCCUGAGUCAACCCUCCUGACGCUGCUCUUUGAUUUCCCAGAGGGAGAGGGGAAAAGAACGGAUUACUUACCUCAUGGCCAUGCAGAAUGUCCCGGAGUGCGUGCUGCGAAGAAGCCCUGAAUGCUCUGCAUCUUCGGGCAGUGAUGGUGAAUUUGAACAGUUUUUGUCUAGAAUGAAGACUCCCAAAUCAGGAACAUGUUGUACACCAAGGACACAAAGCAAAAGGAUGAAUGACUCCACAGAGGAUUUCUUCAGCUACUUUGUAAGCAAGUAUGGAUCUGCCAAAAAAGAACACAUGCCAAAAAUUCCUGGCCUGCCAGGAAAAGAAGCUACCGGCACCACCUCCGUUCUGCCUCCACUGGACUUUAGUGACAGCGACAGCGAUGAUGAUUCUGUUUUUGUCAGAAGUACACCGAGGGCAGGACCCAAAGGGAGGCAGCUGGGCAGUCAGCCACCGAUGUGGAGGAGUGGGCACCCAGCCUCUUCCCAGGAGGGUCCCACGACAGCCAGGGAUGGCUUGGCCUCUUCUGCAAGUGAGGGAGAAGGAGGUGCCACCAGCAAGCGCCCUCAGGCUAGAGGGGCAGCAAAGAGCUGGCAGCCACGAACAAGCCCCGUGCUGGCAUCGAGCAGCUCAGAGGAAGAGGUGGACAGCCUUGCUGAGCGUGUGAGGAAGAGGAUGGGCUUUCCUCCAGACAGGAGGGGCACAAACCGGAAAAGCACGACCGCACUGCCUCCAUUAUCUGCUCCUGAUGCACUGAUUCCUGCUCAGGCUCCCAGGAAGUGCAAAGUCCUCAGUGACGUCACCCAGUCAGACUUGGCACAGAGGAGGGGUUCAUGUCAGGUCAAGGGCUGCUUCUUGCAAGAACUGUCAAACCCGGAUUCCCAGCAAUCGAAGCAUUUCCGGAGCAAAAAAGAAGAGUUGGCACAGAAGCUGUAUGCUUUUUAUAACUCGUCUGUGUUUGAGCAAAAGUUGCCAGAGCAAAUGGAGAUCCUCUGGAAUAAGAAGAUGCAGAAGACAGCAGGGUGCUGUGUAACAGGCCAGCUGAAGGGUCCUGAGGGGCAGCGCUAUGCGCGGAUCAUGUUGUCGGAGAAAGUCUGUGAUUCUCCAGAUCGCCUGAGGGACACGCUGAUCCAUGAACUGUGCCAUGCAGCUGCCUGGCUCAUCCAUGGCAUUCGAGAUGGGCAUGGGCGAUUUUGGAACCUAUAUGCAAAGAAGUCUGUCCUGAUUCACCCAGAACUCCCCAUGGUUUCGCGCUGCCACAACUAUGAGAUAAAAUACAAGUUUAUCUAUGAGUGUUCUGAGUGCAAGAAUACGAUUGGACGCCACUCAAAAUCCCUGGACACACAGCGCUUUGUGUGUGCCCUUUGCAAGGGACAGCUAGUGCUCUGCCAACCCACAAGGAAAGAUGGUACACCAGCUAAAACAUCCCUUGCUCCCUUUGCAAAAUAUGUGAAAGAGAACUAUGGCUGCACUAAGCGAUCGCAGCAGGGCCUAAGUCACGGAGCCAUCAUGAAGAAGCUCAGCAUGGACUUUGCAGCCCAGACAAGUCUCCUCAGCCCUUGAAUUGCUUCAGCAAUGGACUGAUGCAGCAGCUCCAAUUCCACACUGCCAGGCUCCUUCCCAAGAAGAAAGCAGAGCCCUGGGAAAUGUCCGGAAAGAAGAGGGUAUUUGGACAUAUCUUUGGGCAUGGCUCGGCCAUAGCUCUGUCCUUUUUCUAAUCUUUAUGUCUGUGAACUUGUUUGCCCCCCAAGGCAUUGAACUUUUUUUUUUACAAUACAUGAAUAAAGUGCAGCUUUAACACUUGAA